AUGAAGCUGAUCAUCAAACUCCUCUCUAGUUCUCUUUCCUUGUUUCUUCUGCUCUCAGUUUUCAUCUCAGAUGGUGUUUACACCGUCCAUUCAUCGAGAAACCUGCUGCUUCAGUCCGAGAAAGUUCAGUGUCCACUUGACUUUCAGAUACUGAACUACACGAUCAUAACAAGCCAAUGCAAAGGUCCCCAUUACCCAAGCCGUCAAUGUUGUGCUGCCUUCAAGGAGCUUGCAUGUCCGUACAAAAAUUACCUUAACGAUGAGAGCACCGAUUGUCUGACCCUUAUGCUCAGCGACAUCAACGUCUAUGGUGGAUACUGCCCGGUGGGAUUGUUUGGAAACACCUGCCUACAAGGCAGACAACAUAUCGAUUGCCCAUAA